UAUAUCGGCAUGCGUGCCGUUGCCUUGUGGCAUUAAACCAGUUUCCACCUAGCUUGCACUGUGUCUCCCUGCCCGGCUACUACAAAUGGCGACGAAGAUGGUGAAACGAGACUACGACGGUUAGGGAGGCGGAUCCCGGAACCAACAGACGCUGGAGUAGGCUGGCAUGGCUAAGAUGUGGGAAUUUGACGCCUUCAUUAACGAAGGAGACGAAGACUUCGCUUCGUACGUGGAAAGAUUUGGGCACUAUUGCAAGGUAGCCAACGUGCAAGACGAAGAACUUAAGAAGUCAGCCUUCAUCACUGCCAUAGGGAAGAAAGCGCACAAGACGCUCAAAGAUUUGCUUCUACCGUCAAAGCCGGAAGAGAAGUCAUUCAAGGAUUUGGUAAAGGUACUGAGCGAACACUACGGGCCUACAAGCCAAGUCAUUGCGGAGCGCUUCAAAUUUAACCGGCGCUACCAAGGGGAAGGGGAGUCCGUCGCAGUUUUUGCAGUCGCGCUGAAGCACAUGGCUGCGAAAUGCGAGUUCGGCCAGUUUCUCGACGACGCGUUGCGGGACCGGUUCGUCGCGGGACUGCGGAACCCAGCCAUCCAGACAGGAUUGCUAAAGAAAAAGGAGCGGACGUUCGAGACGGCGUGUGAGUUCGCCAAGAGCGUCGAAUUGGCCGAGCGAGAGUCUAGGGGCUUCCGACCAGUUGCUGGAACAGACGCCGAAGUCCAUGCGAUCAAAAAGACAAGCAGGAAGCCUGUUUCGGGGAGUGAAACGAGAACAGCCAAGAACAAAUGUUAUCGGUGCGGCGAAGAACAUGACGCAAAUUCGUGUCGCUAUCGAAAGACAAGAUGUUAUCACUGCAAGCGCACGGGGCAUCUGUCUCGCGUGUGCAGAUCUAGGCACACAACGGCCAACGCGGUUCAUAACGUGGACGACGAACAGCCUGAUAGCGAGCUGUUGUUAUACAGCGUGUACCACGUCGGGACAACGAAGCGACCGUAUGAAGUGGAAGUGCGGCUUGAAGGUAUGACUGUGAAAAUGCAAGUUGAUACAGGCGCAGCUGUUUCGCUCCUGUCAGAAAGCCUGUUCAAGCUGCUAAAACAACCGCCGUCGCUUGCGCAGUGCGCAAUGAAGCUCAAAACGUACGGCGGAACGCCGCUUGAAGUCAUAGGCCAGGGCCAAGUCGCUGUGGAAUAUAACGGACAACGGAAGGUUCUGCAAAUCAUCGUGGUACCCGGAGACAAGCCAGCGUUGCUUGGGCGCGACUGGAUUGAGAGCCUCGGGGUCGACUUGAACAGCAUUCACGAGGUCCACACCGAGCUAGCUCCGGACAGCCUCGUUAGAAGGUAUGCAAGCGUUUGCAAGCGACUGGGCCACACCGAUAGUAGCCGUACAGAAGCCAGGCAACAAAGUGCGGCUUUGCGGAGAUUAUAA